AUGGAUGCCACUGAGUUCUCCUUCGGAAUCAUCAUUCUGAUACAGCUCAGCCUUGGUCUCCCGGUCAACGUCUUCCUCCUCUCGUUUUAUGUUCACGUGGUCUCCACCAGCCACAAGCCCAGCUCCUCUGACCUGAUCCUGGCCCACCUGGCCUUGGCCAACACCAUCAUCCUCCUCACCAUUGGAAUCCCCGAGGUCAUGUCAGCCUGGGGGCUGAGAAAUUUCCUGGACGACGUUGGAUGUAAAGUCCUCAUGUACCUCUACCGGGUGGGCCGGGGCCUCGCCAUCUGCACCACCUGCCUCCUGAGCGUCUUCCAGGCCGUCACCCUCACCCCCGGCGGCUCCCGGUGGGCGGGAGUCAAAGCCAAAUUACCGAAGUGGAUUCUCCCCUCCUUCCUCCUCUCCUGGAUCCUCAAUAUGCUCGUGGACUCGGAUACGGCGAUAUACAUGAUAAGCCCCCAGAACAACGGCAGUUUUCAGAUCAUGCUGGAUCUCAAGUAUUGCUCAGAUAUCAGUGACAGUGAAGAAACCACCCUGGUAAUUACGGUGGUCCUUUCCAUGCGGGAUCUCUUCUUCGUGGGGCUCAUGAGCGCGGCCAGCAGCUACAUGGUGUUUGUCCUGCACAGACACCACCGGCGGGUCCGACACCUCCAACAGCCCGGACGCUCCCCCAGGGCGACGCCCGAGGUCCGGGCGGCCAAGAGAGUCGUCGCCCUGGUCACCCUCUACGUCCUCCUCUACGGACGACAGACCAUCAUGCUGAGCGUUUUAGUCAACGUGAAGGAAAAAUCUCCUCUGCUCGUCAAGAGUCACAUGGUAUUUCUACUCACUUUUUCUGCAGUGAGUCCGUUCCUGAUGAUUCACAGCGACAGGAGAAUGAGGAUAUUUGUGAAAAGGCAAUCUCCCGGGUCUGACCGGGAGCGCUUCUAA